GGAAGUGGAGUUGAAGUCUGGAACGAGAAGUGGGAUAAGGGUGAGUUUAGUAUCGAGGGAGCACGAACUAUUGGGGGUGGUUGUGGAAUCACGGAGUGUGUGUCGGUCUAUAGUUCGCCAACGAGAGAAAGCAAGAAGGGUGCGCCCACUUCGCGUCAACGUUUACCCUCGCGACAAGAGAAAGAGAGAGAGAGAGAUAGAUAGAAAUUGUACAUGUUGUGUGGUGCGGUUUUGCUUACGAAUGUUUUUUUUUUCAUUUCAAUAUAAUUUCAGCUCUCGAUCGGGGUUUAGAGAAGAAAAGAUUCAUAGGUUCCAUUUUGUCGCCGCGAAUGUUGUUCAUCAGAGUGUCGGUUGAGAAAUAGUGUAUACCGAGUCUCGCGCAAUGAAAUGCAUUGUGCAAUGUAUCGAGACUCGUGUUCGCCAUAGAGUGUCGGUAUAGUGAGCAAGAGAUAUAAUCCUGUGGAUAUUACAAGAUUUCAUAUACAGGAGAUGUUUUUUUUACUAUAUGUAUAUAGUGGAUGUUAAAAUAGUGUUUGUUUGGUGGGAUUUUUGUGUUCGGAGUGUGUGAUUCGGAAUGGAGAUCCGGAGAUAUGUUCAUGAAUCAACCGGGAGGAACUUAAAUAUAUCCCUUUGCUCUCGUUUAUAUAAUUAGUUUGCGUGCGGGUUAAAAUUACCAGUUGAAGGGAAAGAGAACGUGUGUAAGAGCCCUUUGAUCGUACGUAACCAACUGGAGUACUUGGUGAAAAAAGGGAGCAAAGAGAGAGAAAGAGAGAGAGAUGAGUGCGAGUGCACCGGCCUCAGAAGGGUUUGUCGAGAAAGCUAGGGUGAAAAUGUUUUUUGCUCGCUGAAAGAGAAGCUGCGAGAGAUAGAGGAACAAACUCUGGAGAGAGAGAGAGAGUGAGAGAGAAAAACAAAGAGACUUGGUAAAAAUCGGAGACAAAGGCUUAUCAAACGUCAUGGAUUUACUUCUGGUUUUCGCCAUCUCGACCCUUUGCUGUUUUGCUUUUGGGGACAAGUGCGCGAACGAGUGUUCUUGCAAGUGGAAAGGUGGCAAACGGACCGUAGAGUGCACUGAUCGUGACCUGACCAGCAUACCCGACUCGAUCGAUCCGGAGACCCAGGUCCUGGACAUCAGCGGCAACCUCAUCAAGAUAUUGCCGGAAAAUAUUUUUGCCAAAGUGUACCUGACAAAUUUGCAACGUCUCUAUUUACGUGAAUGUCGUAUCGACCAGAUUGACGACAAUGCCCUGUCCGGUUUGACGAACUUGGUUGAACUCGACUUGAGUGGCAAUCAAUUGAAAGCCGUUCCCAGUCAAAGCUUUGCUAAAGCUCCAUUUUUAAGGGACGUGGUACUCGCUGGUAAUCCUCUUGAACGAAUUCCCUCUUUUGCCUUUAAAAAGACACCAAAUCUUGUUAAGUUAGAUCUCUCUAAUACAAAGUUAAUUGAACUUCAGGAGAAUGCUUUUUUGGGCUUAGAAAAUCUCGAGAGUCUUAGGUUGAAUAAUAAUAAACUUUCAACCCUUCAACAGGGGACCUUACAUCCCCUUAAUAAACUUCGGAGUAUCGAACUUCACGAGAACCCCUGGUUUUGUGAUUGUCAUCUAAGGGAGUUGAAGAUGUGCCUCGUCAAGCACAAUAUACCCACGCUUAUUGCCCCUGUUUGUCAUGGACCCGAGCAAAAUCUCAACAAAAUGUUUACCGAUCUUGUAGUUGAGGAUUUUGCAUGUCAACCUGUUUUGUUAAUUGCCAGUCGAUAUGCUGAGGCAACUAUUGGAGAAAAUGCCAGUAUUAUUUGCAGGGUAUCUGCUGUACCACCGGCAAAAGUAAAAUGGUAUUGGAAUGGAAGAUUAUUGGCAAAUCAUUCAGCGUUCAGUAGUUAUCAAAAAGUUCUCAUUUACGAAGAGGGACAAUUUCGAAAAAGAAGCACUUUAGUUCUCACCAACGCCCAAGAAUCAGAUUCAAGUGAAUUUUUUUGCGUGGCUGAAAAUCGUGCAGGAAGUGUUGAGGCUAAUUUUACAUUGCACGUAUCAUUAAGAACAGCGGGUAUGUCAACAUUAGGAUCGGGUCAAAUAGCAGGAAUUUCAGCAGCACUUGUCGUUUUGAUUCUCUUUAUUUUGUUGAUAAUUCUCGUGUUAUUCCUUCGUUUGAGAAGAAUGCCACAAAAAGAUCACAAGAGUCCAACUCCAGCGGAAAUGGCACCAGCUGAAAAUGUGGACAAUAUGCAAUCUGCAACAUCGACAAUUAGUCGAAGAAAACAAGAAGUUGUUGAAACAACAUCUUUCACCGAAACAAAGCAUCCAGUUUCAUUAAAUUUGAGUUAUGUCCAAAGGCCGCAACCAUGUGUCGCUGAAAGUGAAUACGUGGUAAAACGAUUUGAAAAUCAUCAGGAAAAUCAUCAGCCAAUAAUUCCUGGUCCUUGUUUUUCAUCAACGACAUCACUGAUGCCAAUUGAUAAUCCUGAUCUUAUAAGGGAUACUAGAAGAGGUUCCGGUGAUGAACCAACAGUUGUUCCCUACAAUGGGGAAUAUAGUCGCGUCGAGCUUGAGGACAAACUAUUGUACGGUGGAUGCCUCUGGGAGAGAGACGUCAGGACCACAGUCUCCGUUAAUCCUUAUACGUCCAAGGAGAUGUUGGCCAGUAUGGCUUCUGUUGAAGCCUUUCCACCUGGAGCAAAACAAAUGCGAGUCUGGCAAAAGGGUGUUCCAGUUCUACCUCCAGUUUCAGCAUUGAAACGUGUUCUUGGAUCAACACGAAGUUCACCUGACGAAGGAUAUCAAGAAGGUACUGGUACAGAUGUCUAGGUACCACUACUUCAUUACUGUGACGCCCGACAUCGAUACAUGGAGCUUCGCAGACGACAUCAAGAGGAAACAGACUGUUAAUAAAUAUUAAAUAAUAAUAAUAAUUGUAGUAUCACGUUGGGUGACCGGUAGUGAAUACCUCGGCAUUGUGCAGUUUUUUUUUUUGGUCUAUUCUUUUUUUUGGCUUGAAGACUUAAAAUUCAGUGGUGAAUUUCUAUUUCAAGGAUAUCAAGAAAAAAAAAAUUGGGGUGAGGAUACCGACAUAAUCCAUAAUAAGAUAUUCUUGACUUGCGUAAUAUUAUAGUCAAGAAAAAUAUCUUUAAAUAUAAUACAUCUGGAUUUUUAGGCUUUAGACACACACAUAUCCGGAUUAUAAUCUUCGAAGACAUCUUAAUUAUAAUCUGUGAAGAUAUCUUGUAUAAAUAGAAAAAGGGGGAAAACGAAUUGUAUUAUCAGUGAAGGAAUUAGGGAUUGUAAUAUCUGUGAAGGCAUUAGGAUUGUAAUCAGUGUGAAAGCAUUUUUGGCUUUUUCUAAUCAGUGAAGAAAUCUUAUUUGAGAUUGUUGUCUAAAGAGAUGUCGUUGUCGAAAAAGUAGAGGUGAUAUCAGAAACUAAAUCGAGACAAUAUCGUUGUUCAGUGUUCUCACGCAGCACAAUAUUGACGGGUAAUUUCUGUUGCGGAUAUAUGCUCGUACGUUAUCGUAACGACAGAUUUCUAAAGUAUACAAAGACUGUUUAAUGUUCCAAAGAUAUAUAGGUAGAAAAAAAAAAAACAAGUGAAUCAAUUAAAGGGGACAUUAUGUGUAUGUGUGAAUUAUACGAAUGGAUUUUUUCUAGUCAAUUCUGUAAUUAGUUUGAAGGUUUAAAUAACUCGUUUGAAUGAAUCUUAUCAGGAUAUUCAAUCACAAAUUGGAUGAUGUUAUUUGAAAGAGGGUGUUUGGCCGAAAUAAACCCUUUUUUGGAUUUAUCAGAUUUUCAAGAAGUUUU